CGCGGCGGAGCGGGAGGGGAGGCUUCGCGGAACGCGCUCGGCGCCAGGACUCGCGUGCAAAGCCCAGGCCCGGGCGGCCAGACCAAGAGGGAAGAAGCACAGAACUCCUCAAUUUCCAGUGUGCCCAUGAGUAAGAGCAAAUGCUCCGUGGGACUCAUGUCUUCCGUGGUGGCCCCGGCUAAGGAACCCAACGCCAUGGGCCCGAAGGAGGUGGAGCUCAUCCUUGUCAAGGAGCAGAACGGAGUGCAGCUCACCAGCUCCACCCUCACCAACCCGCGGCAGAGCCCCGUGGAAGCCCAGGAUCGGGAGACCUGGGGCAAGAAGAUCGACUUUCUCCUGUCCGUCAUUGGCUUUGCUGUGGACCUGGCCAACGUCUGGCGGUUCCCCUACCUGUGCUACAAAAACGGCGGGGGUGCCUUCCUGGUCCCUUACCUGCUCUUCAUGGUCAUUGCUGGGAUGCCACUUUUCUACAUGGAGCUGGCCCUCGGCCAGUUCAACAGGGAAGGGGCCGCUGGUGUCUGGAAGAUCUGCCCCGUACUGAAAGGUGUGGGCUUCACGGUCAUCCUCAUCUCGCUGUAUGUCGGCUUCUUCUACAACGUCAUCAUCGCCUGGGCGCUGCACUAUCUCUUCUCCUCCUUCACCACGGAGCUCCCCUGGAUCCACUGCAACAACUCCUGGAACAGCCCCAACUGCUCGGAUGCCCACCCUGGUGACUCCAGUGGCGACAGCCCAGGCCUCAACGACACUUUUGGGACCACACCUGCUGCCGAGUACUUUGAACGUGGCGUGCUGCACCUCCACCAGAGCCAUGGCAUCGACGACCUGGGGCCUCCACGGUGGCAGCUCACAGCCUGCCUGGUGCUGGUCAUUGUGCUGCUCUACUUCAGCCUCUGGAAGGGCGUGAAGACCUCAGGGAAGGUGGUAUGGAUCACAGCCACCAUGCCAUACGUGGUCCUCACUGCCCUGCUCCUGCGUGGGGUCACCCUCCCUGGAGCCAUAGACGGCAUCAGAGCAUACCUGAGCGUUGACUUCUACCGGCUCUGCGAGGCGUCUGUUUGGAUCGACGCGGCCACCCAGGUGUGCUUCUCCCUGGGCGUGGGGUUCGGGGUGCUGAUCGCCUUCUCCAGCUACAACAAGUUCACCAACAACUGCUACAGGGACGCGAUUGUCACCACCUCCAUCAACUCCCUGACGAGCUUCUCCUCCGGCUUUGUCGUCUUCUCCUUCCUGGGGUACAUGGCACAGAAGCACAGUGUGCCCAUCGGGGACGUGGCCAAGGACGGGCCGGGGCUGAUCUUCAUCAUCUACCCGGAGGCCAUCGCCACGCUCCCGCUGUCCUCGGCCUGGGCCGUGGUCUUCUUCAUCAUGCUGCUCACCCUGGGUAUCGACAGUGCCAUGGGCGGUAUGGAGUCAGUGAUCACCGGGCUCAUUGAUGAGUUCCAGCUGCUGCACAGACACCGUGAGCUCUUCACACUCUUCAUCGUCCUGGCGACCUUCCUUCUCUCCCUGUUCUGCGUCACCAACGGUGGCAUCUACGUCUUCACACUCCUGGACCAUUUUGCAGCCGGCACCUCCAUCCUCUUUGGAGUGCUCGUCGAAGCCAUCGGAGUGGCCUGGUUCUACGGUGUCGGGCAGUUCAGCGACGACAUCCAGCAGAUGACCGGGCAGCGGCCCAGCCUGUACUGGCGGCUGUGCUGGAAGCUGGUCAGCCCCUGCUUCCUCCUGUUCGUGGUUGUGGUCAGCAUCGUGACCUUCAGACCCCCCCACUACGGAGCCUACAUCUUCCCCGACUGGGCCAACGCGCUGGGCUGGGUCAUCGCCACAUCCUCCAUGGCCAUGGUGCCCAUCUAUGCGGCCUACAAGUUCUGCAGCCUGUCUGGGUCCUUUCGAGAGAAACUGGCCUACGCCAUUGCGCCCGAGAAGGACCGCGAGCUGGUGGACAGAGGGGAGGUGCGCCAGUUCACGCUCCGCCACUGGCUCAAGGUGUAGAGGGAGCAGAGACGAAGACCCCAGGAAGUCAUCCCGCAAUGGGAGAGACACGAACAAACCAAGGAAAUCUAAGUUUCAAGAGAAAGGAGGGCAACUUCUACUCUUCAACCUCUACUGAAAACACAAACAACAAAGCAGAAGACUCCUCUCUUCUGACUGUUUACACCUUUCCGUGCCGGGAGCGCACCUCACCGUGUCUUGUGUUGCUGUAAUAAUGACGUAGAUCUGUGCAGUGAGGUCCACCCCAUUCUCGUCUAACUUCAUGCUGCCUGUGUGAGGCUGGCUCCCUCCUUCCCUGCCGCUGGCUCCGAGGCUGCCCCAGGGGCACUGUGUUCUCAGGCGGGGAUCACGAUCCUUGUAGACGCACCUGCUGAGAAUCCCUGUGCUCACAGUAGCUUCCUAGACCAUUUACUUUGUCCAUAUUAAAAAGCCAAGUGUCCCGCUUGGUUUGGCUGUGCAGAAGGUGAAAUGGAGGAAACCACAAAUUCAUGCAAAGUCCUUUCCCGAUGCGUGGCUCCCAGCAGAGGCUGUAAAUUGAGCGUUCAGUUGACACAUUGCACACACACUGUUCAGAGGCAUUGGAGGACAGGGGUCCUGGUACGUCUCACCAGGAAAUUCUGUUUAUGUUCUUGUAGCAGAGAGAAAUAAAACUCCUUGAAACCAG